AUGGAGGACAGUUCGGUGGUGGAGCUUGAGAAGAGUACGAUGUCGUCGGCGAAGCGGAGGUUUGCACUAGAAGACGCGAUGCGCCAACUUGGAUGGGACGAAGAGCACGACUGGGAAGACAGUACAGACAUCAGAGGCAUCAACAUCGACGGCAAGGUCCUCACAAAUUUAGAAUAUUUUCAAAUAAUCGUCAUUUUUAGAUUUAACACGCUGUCUCUGUAAUAAAAAACAGCGGGAACAGAAAAAAAAUUUUUUUUUUGAUUUUGGUGAAAUUUCAAGCAGUGUUAUCAUAUGACAUCAGGAUUGUGGAAAUAACUUUUUGAGCCAUUCCCUCUUACUGUAGCCGGGUUACGGUAGGCGGCUGAACAAUUUACGAGUUUUUUUUUUACUAGGAAAGUUGUAUAUUAUUCGAUAGGUAAAGCAAUUUUAGGAUUUUACAGAUGACCAUACCGUAACCCGGCUACGGUCAGAGGGAAUGGCUCAAAAAGUUGUGUCCGCAAUCCUGACGUCAUAUGAUAACGCUGGUAGAAAUUUAAUCAAAAUCAAAAAAAAUUUUUUUUUUCUGUACCCGCUGUUUUUGAGAAAAUUCUGAGAACUACUUUUUCUCCGUGAAGUGUCGUGUGUCGUGUGCAUGCACUGCGCCGCUUUCGCGCAGAAAAUUGUGUUUAUGUCGAGAAAUUUCGAUUCGUCAUAAAGACCUCUGGCAACACGGUGGCUUGCGCCUUUAAUAAGCCCUUUUAUUUAAGCUUUUAAAGCCGAAAUGCCUGACAUCACGUGGGAACGGCGAAUAUUUUGACUCCGCCCACCGUGUUUUUGGUUUCUCAUUCUCUUCCACUAACAAAAACGCCGUGGCGUGUUAAAAAACUGAAAAAUCCUUGAAAGGAUAGAUUUUUUUCCAACUGAAAGCUCUUACAGAUAAAAAUCCGAGACGAGGCAGAGAGUCCGAAACGAAGAAAGUCUUGGCCGUUUUUCAAGCCGGUUUUCACGUUCAUCCACUCGGAUUUGGACUAUUUCGUGCUCAAGUACUUCCAAGACUUUUACGAUUGGACGGAGCUCUGUCAGAGAAGGCCUGUCGACUGGAGAAGCAAAUUCCGAGCGGCUAAGACUUUCGCCGAGGAAAAUGACAACUUGUGCAGGAAGCUGACGGUUCUCACGUACAUGACGAUUACACGGGGGAAUCGGCUCGAUUUCUGGCCAGUUAUCGAGGAAAAGUGGAAGGACAAGAAGCUGAAUUCGGUGAUUCCUGACCUCAUCCGAAGCUACCCGCUGACUGCUGUCGGUUCUGAAGACGUCUAUGGAACUACCGUCCUAGAAUUCCAAAGAGUUCACGGAUUCCGUGUGGUUGCCCAGUUCCGAUGCGCCGAUUAUAAUAAAUUGGAGCAGUCCUGGCUUCUGACGUCCCACGGGCUACUGACCGCCAUUUCCGUCUUGGAAAAAUCCGCCGCCAUGAAAUUUCUGACCCUUCACCUGGUCGCUCUGAGGAACGCCACCCACGGCUAUUAUGCAACCCUGAGCGAUGAAAACGAGGCGAAAUACGCGGCCGAACGAGAUCGACAGGACGAGAUGUGCGAGAGGGCCACGAGGACCGGCCUUUUCUACAAGAACCUUCUGGAGACGGCCAUCGAGCUCGCCGAGUCCUUUGAGGUGGGUCCUGAGGCGAAAAAAAAAAUUAGCUCUGCGCCAUCUGAUUUGGAAAAAAGGGGCUUCCGAGAAAUGUUUCCUCUAUAGCUGAUUCACGGCUAGCUUAGGAUGCUAAGGGGGCGUGUCCUGUCUGCGCUCUCCACGAGCCAGGCAAUAUCUCGUGCGUUAUCGUGUCAGGACUCUUUUUUUAGAUGGCUCAAACCAGCCGUGAAUCAGCUAUAUCAUUUGUCAUUUUUAAACAUUUCUAGAGCUUUUUUCAAUAAUUUUCUGCUGGGAAGGAAUUUCUAAAGAUGGGUCAUACGGUAGCUCAAAAGAUUACGGUAAAAAGCUUCGAAAAUUCAUAUCUCGGCAAAAAAUCAACAGAUCUCAACCAAAUCUUGUCACAAGGUGUAAGAUGAUUAUAUUCAAUUUUUAAAAAUUUAGAAACUCAUUUUUGCUCGCUAUUGCUCAUACUAUAGAAAAAAACCAGUAUAUAAUUUUUAAAAAAAUCAAAACUCAUGCUUGCUCGAUAUUGCUCAUAAUAGAGAAAAACCAGCAUUUUUUUUUACUGAGUUCUUUCAAAAACACAAAAAUUACGCUAUCUAUCGAGCAAACUUGAAUUAGGUGAUUUUUUUGUAUUUUUUUAAAAACUUCUGGUCUAUUUCUGAUGGAUUUUAGGUAGAAACACCUUUUUUUUUAUUCGGACUCUCAUUUUGCUCUUGAUGACUAGAAAAAAAUUCCUAAUAAUAUAUAUUUUUUUGAGAUGCUGGAACCUCUGAUGGCGCGAUUCGCCUGGGAACCGAGCAUUUUCGUCAAAUGGCACGAAAAUGGUUACUUCGAGGGAACACCCGAGCUGGACGAGCUCUGGAACUCCCGCGAGGUGGAAGAUCUCCAGGAUCCUUUGGCCGAUCGGCUCGUGGAAAUCUACGCAGAUCGUCUCCCACAGUACCCAAUGAUCACCAAUCCAAGCGCACAAGUUGGCCAGUUGGGGGAGAUUGUCGGGUGUAGGGUGGAACAACGGAAGGCGUUCCAACGCCGGUCCGGAAUCAAGAAGAUGUUGGCUCUCGACGGCGAAGAGCUCAUCGAGCAGACCAAGGUAAAAUUCGAGUGUUAAUUUCACUCAAGUUGUCACUUUUUCAGCUCUUUAAGAAGAGACUAGAGGUGUCAGCUCUUUUUUCGCAUAGUUAAAACGAAUAAUAAGUUUCUGACUGACUAGCAUCCAAUGAAAAGACCGUAAAAUCCCGUUUUUCAUGUACGAAUGCAAGGACCUCUUGCUGAAUUUUAGAGUGGUCCCUAUAGUGGUUAGGAUGAUAAACAGCCCCUAUAAGGGCUUAAAAAUUGUCCCCAUAGGGUUAAAAUCAAGGCGGUCCCUAUAGGGGUUUAGAGUCUGACCCCUUAGCCCCUGAAUCUUAAGUGGUCCCUAUAGUGUUUAGGGAGAUAAACAGCCCCUAUAGAGGCCGAAAAAGUGGUCCCUAUAGGGGUUUAAGGUCUGACUCCUUAGCUCCUAAAGCUCAAUUUGUCCCUACAGACUAAACUGAGCUGAGGAAAUUUGAAGUGUUUACUUGAGGGGUGAAGUCAAAUAAAUCUUUAAAAUAUUUGUUCAAGUGACCACUUUAGCAAAUUUUCAAGAACCACUCCAACUAAACUUGGGCGAAAAUAUCACAGUAAAAAAUAAAUAAUCGUCUAUUUCGAAACUAAAAUUGAAAGUGGUGUUUUUAUCAAGCUCCUAACUUCAAAAAUGACCAGAAAGCAGCUCCAAAUGCAAUUUUCAAACAGUUUUUGAUCAAUAUUUAGCCUAAUAAGCUUAGGAACUCCAGAGAGGUCCCUACAGGGGCCCUUGGAGGGUCCCUUUCACUUUACCAACCCGUACAGGGUAUACUAAACCUUGCAAAAGUGGUCCCUAGAGGGGUUUCAGUUAGUACCAUCUCGAUUUUACCCUUAUAAGGACUACUUUUUCGGUCUAUGGAGUUAUUUGGGAAUUUCGGAGAAGUAGUUCUUGAAAAAAUUUCUUACCAAAUUCGUAAAUGCAGUCAUUGAAAAAAAAAUUAGAGUAGGAGAAUUUUUUUUUUGUUUCAGAAAAUUUUUAGGGUUCACUUAACUCUCUAUUUUUGUACUUUGAUAAAUGAAAUUAUCAAAAAAACGCCGUUUAAGGCAAGUAAAGUUGGGAGGGUACUUUAAAGAAAUUUGAAAAAAAUCUGAUUUUUAGUAGAAGAUUCUUCAAAAUUCCUCUGACAUAAAAAUCCGAAUUUUCAGUUUUUUUCUUCCGAAAAGGAGGUUUUUUUCAGCCUUUAUAGGAUUUUUUGAACUUUUUUUAUUUGUUUUUACAUUUUCACAAAGGAAGCGCUCAAAAACGCGCUAGGAAGCUCUUUCAAUGACCUAAGUGUUACCUAGAGUGAUCACUUAAUCCCUUAAGUCGUCACUUGAUCAUCUAAACCGUCACUUAAACAUCUGAAUCCUCACUUAACUUCCCUAAAGUCGUCACUUAUUUCCCCUGAAGCCUUCACUUAACCGCCCUAGUGGCCACUUAAUCAGUUACAGCUAGAAAAUCCUUAAGGGACCACUUCAUAACCCUUCAGCUCAAAUAAAUGUACAAGUUCAAGGUCUACGAGGACGAGUUCGACGACUUCCAGUUUGAAAUGGAGCUGGACGAGCUCGAGGAAGAGUGGAUCUCUAAUAUUCGCGACAAAGUCAAGGCCUAUCAAAAGUCCCAAAGUCAAGGAAAAUAAUGAUCUGAUUAUCUGAAAAUUGUAUUGUUAUUAUAUCAAUAUUGCCCUUUUUAUGAUUUUUUGAAAUAAAGUUUAAAAAUUAUUUUCUUCCAAGUUUUUUUAAAAAGGUACUUGAAUACCUUCUAUAUUUGCUUUUUUUCGAUUUUUUUGAAGGGUUUUUUUGAAAAAUUGAAUAGUUGAAUUUCACCUGGGAAAGUCAAAUUUUUCGAAAAAUUUAAAUUUUCAGAUUUUAAAGCUCAAAAAAAUACAUAUUUUCAAGGGAUUUUCCGAUAGAAAAAGGUGAUUUUAAAGCACAAAUUACAAAAAAAUGAAAUAAAUUUUUUUAGAGUGAGAAAAAAAUGAGCAUUCAUGUGAUGGCGAUCCAGCACAGAGCAUUAUUUGAAAUCAUGGUAGGUUUUUCAAAAAAAUAAAGUCGUUAAUUAUUUUAUUUAUACAUUCUAGGGGGCACUUAUUUGAAUAUAGUCGUAGCUUUUCAAUAAAGGAUUUUUUUUUUCCUUAUUAGGAUCUUCAGAGUGGUCCCUUUAGGGGUAAAAAGCCAUUAUAGGGACCGAACAAGUGGUCCCUAUAAGGGUAAAAUCAAGGUGGUUCCUAAAGGGGUUUAGGAUCUGAUUCUUAGCCCCUAAAGCUCAAGUGGUCCCUAUAGGGGUUUAGGAUCUGAUUCUUAGCCCCUAAAGCUCAAGUGGUCCCUAUAGAGAUGACGAAAAAAUACAGCCCCUAUAUGGGUCGAAAAAGUGGUCCCUAUAAGGGUUAGGGGUCGACUCCUGGACCCCUAAAACUCAAGUGGCCCCUAUAGGGGUCGUUCAAUUUUAUUCAAAAAAUGCUUAUUUGUUUAGUUUUUUGGGAAAUUUUUUAGAUGGCCACUAUUGGGUUUUGACGUUUUAGUGACCACUAUAGUAGUCAAGUUAGUGGCCACUCAAGGGGUUAAAAAUUGUGGUCACUGUAGAGGUCUAAGUGCUACUAAUAGACCACUAAGUGGCCACUUUAAGGGUCAAUAGAUCAACAUAACUGGUCCAAUCUGUUUGUUUUAAAAUUAUCAGAGUUACGUAAAGGAUACUGGAUGAAAAACUACUGAAGUGGCCACUAAAUGAAGAACCUCUAUAGUGGCCACUAAACGGAAAAUAGUGGCCAUUAUAAAGGUGGGUUUAGUGGCCACUUUAGUGUCCUUGGCGAGUCUCUAUAGUGGCCACUAAAUUUUCCCAGUUUCGCAUAGAGUUCAUGAAAAUUGCAGGCUAGCAUUUCCCCUAUAGGGGCCACUUCUGCAAGCUUCAGUGGCCCCUAUAGUGGACUCUCCAAGAGCCCCUAAAUUUGCGCCUAUAGGGACCAUUAUGGAGCUCCUAAAUAGGCGCAAAAUAAUAAUUUUUCAUUUUAUUGAAAAUCUUCGCUAUUUCUAUACAUGUUUCAUAGUCCCUAGUUGAUUUUUUUUUCCAAUAAUUUUCAAUACCUUUAGUGGCGUCUAAAAAGUCCUGUUACAGAUGAGAUUGCAAGACAAAGUAUUGGAUGAGAGCCAAAGGAAGUCCUGGUCGGACAUCACGUCGGUUUUCGCGUUCAUCCACUCCGACUUGAACUCCUUCUUGGACUUCUACUUCCAAGACGUUUACGACUGGACGGAGUUUUGCCAAAAACGAGCCGCCGUCGACUGGAAAAGGAAAUUCCAUGAGGCCAAGUUGUUCAUGGACGAGAACGACGACAUGAACCGGAAGCUGACGGUUCUCACAUAUUUGACGAUCACAAGAAGGAAUCGACUCGAUUUCUGGCCCGUUCGGGAGAAUGACGACGACGACAAGAAGCUGAAUUCAAUUAUCCCUGACCUCAUCCGAAGCUACCAUCUUGUUUCUGUCGACUCUGGAGACGUCGAUGGAACCACCGUCCUUCAAUUCCAAAGAGUUCACGGCUUCCGGCUGAUCGGACAACUCCGAUGCGCUAGUCCCAAAAAGUUGGAACACUCCUGGCUUCUGACGUCCCACGGGCUUCUGACCGCCAUUUCCGUCUUGGAAAAAUCCGCCGCCCUGAAACUUCUCACUCUUCACAUGGUCGCCCUCAAAAACGACACCACAAACUUUUAUGCAACCCUGAGUGAGGAGGACGAAGAAAAGUACGAAAGUGAACGGGAUCGACAGGAAGAGAUGUGCGAAAGGGCCACCCGGACCGGCCUGUUCUACAAGAACAUCCUGGAGACGGCCAUCGAGCUCGCCGAGUCGUUUGAGGUCGUUUUGUGUAUUUUUUUUUGCUUUUUCGUUGUACUUUUUGACCGAAAGGCAAACGUUAAAAAACACAUCGGAAGGGGUCGGAAAAUGCUCCUUAGAAAUUUUCCUUUUUACUGCCUUUUUGCGCCUUUUCAUCGGCCAUUUUGCAGCUUUUUUGCUCCCUUUUUUUACCUUGAGUCUUUGAAAUUCUAGAAAAGUUAUAAGGCUCGAAAAAGGGACCCUUUUUGCUCCCUUUCUGCAGCCUUUUUUCCCUGUCAGUUCCACUACAAAAAAUGUCCAUAGAUGAACUUAAUUUGUAUUGAAGAUGGUUUGGACCGAUUCACUUCACUGAAAAAAAGAGAUUGGUUAUUACGGUGUUUUUCUACAGUAGGCCGGAAAAUGGGCGGAGCCUGGUUCUAACUAUUCAGGAAGUUGUUUACUAUACGUAAUAGUAAGGAGAGCUCUCAGGAACAGUAAGAAAUUGAAUUAAACUAAAAGAAAAACAGUCUUUUCAGGGGCCUGAAAAGUGUUCCCUAUAGGGGUUUAGGGUCUGACCCCUUAGCCCCUGAAGCUCAAGUGGUCCCUAUAGGGAUCUUUCAUUUUCAUUCAAAAAACGCUUAUCAGUUUUUCGCAUGGAACUUCUUUUUCACCUUUUUGCGGCCUUUUUGCGGCCUUUUUUGAGCCUCUUCCUUUUUCCACCAUUUCUCGAACCUUCAAGUUUUAGAAAAGUUAUAAAGUUCGAAAAAGGGACCCUUUUUGCAGCCUUUUUUGAGCCCUUCUCUUUUAGCGGCCAUUCUCCACCGUUCCGACUCUGCCCAAGUGAAAGGUCCACAAAGAAAUUUUAAAUUUUCAAAAUAUGCGUUUUCCUUCUUAUCAAUUCAUCAGAGCUUUAUUCUACUUUUAUAUCGAUAAGAAAAAUGAUGAAUUUUAUGUAGAAAGACACAUUCCAGGUCCUCGAACCCAUGAUGGUUCGAUUCGCCUGGGACCCGAGUAUCUUCGUCAAAUGGCACAAAAAAGGCUACUACAAGGGGACGCCGGAGCUGGACGAGCUCUGGAACACGCGAGAGGUCGAGGAGCUCCACGAUCCGCUCGCCGAACGACUCGUGGAAGUCUACGCGGAUCGUCUUCCACGCUAUCCGCUGAUCACGAAUCGAGGCACGCCGAGUGGCAACUUGGGGGAAAUGAUCGGAAGCAAGCCGGAGCAACUCAAGGCGUUCCAUCGCCGGUCCGGAAUCAAGAAGAUGUUGGCUCUCGACGGCGAAGAGCUCAUCGAGCAGACCAAGGUAGAAUUCGAGUGUUAAUUUCACUCAAGUUGUCACUUUUUCACCUCUUUAAGGAGAGGCUAGAGGUGUGAGCUCUUUUUUCGCAUAUUUAAAACGAAUAAUAAAUUUCUGAUUGAACAGGCCGUAAAAUCCCGUUUUUCAUGUACGAAUUUUCAAUGACCUCUUGCCUAGGAUUUUUAGAGUGAUCCCUAUAGUGGUUAGGAGGAUAAAAAACUUCUAUAUGAGCCGAAAAUUUUUUUUUCAAAUAGAAAUUGAAAUGGAUAAAAUGAUGUUCCUCGGCAUCAUUCCAUUCUUCCUUUGGGAGCAAGCCCGACUCGGCAUAUAAGUCUUUAUUCCGUAGCGCACGCUAGCAGUGCGCUACGUCAGAGUGAUGUUGUAAAGAAAGUUGGGGCGAACGCCCACAGGCAUUCGUCACUCAAGAGCACAUGUUCACUUAACACAAUGAGAUAUAAACAACAAUUACAUCCCCUCCGAUUACGGAAGAUGCUUCGUCCCCGAAGCAAAGAAAAAAAAUGUAGGAUAUUAAGAGCGAAUAAAAAAAUUUAGGGAGAGACAGAAGAAAAGAAUGAUAAAAGAGAGAUGCUUAACAUUUCAACACUAUUGAGAAAUAUAGAAGAGGACUAUCACAUCCCCCCCUUCGCCGAAAGUCUCGUCCCGAGACUUCAUUGAAGUGAGAGAAUGGUUGUCGAAGUGAACAUGUGAAAUAAAGACAAGAUGGAAUAAAUGCCGGACUCUGAAUGCCUGAGUUCGGUGCUCAACAAUUGAUUCGCUACUUCGACUUGAAAAGGAUAGAAAUUAAAAUUUUGAGUGGAAAAAUCUCUGAUAGAGGUCUUACAAAAUACAACUUCUUAGUGAUAAGAAUUCAUACUUUAACAGACCACACUAACUGUCAAAAUGCAAAUUAAUCAACAACAUCCGAAAUUCUUAUUUGAACAGCCAUGCUUACUGAACAAUUAAUAAACCAUUACAUCACACCACAAAUGUAAUAAGUUUGAGAAUCAUGUAUUGUUGUUUGUGUAUCACUAGAAAACGAAUUAAAAAAUAAGGCACAUAAUAGAUAUGGAAAAAAACAGAAAAAGUUUUACCAGCGAACCGCAAGACAGUUGUUCUUCAUCUGCUCGAGUGCUACUUCGUAGAGGUCUCGCAAUAAGCCACAGAAGAACGAGCGACAGUUAAUAUCAUCGAAGUAGUUGUUGAAUGGACUGGUAGCGAAUCAAGGAGUAGAGGUAGCUUUCUUAGAUGGAAUAUGAGGAAGACUGGAGUAGAUCUUCCGCCGGAUGGUACAUGGCGGAAGUUUCCGGGAUCUCCAUGAAAUGGAUAAAAUGAUGUUCCUCGGCAUCAUUCCAUUCUUCCUUUGGGAGCAAGCCCGACUCGGCAUAUAAGUCUUUAUUCCGUAGCGCACGCUAGCAGUGCGCUACGUCAGAGUGAUGUUGUAAAGAAAGUUGGGGCGAACGCCCACAGGCAUUCGUCACUCAAGAGCACAUGUUCACUUAACACAAUGAGAUAUAAACAACCAUUACAAAAUCAUUAAUUAUCUCCCUUAUACACUCUCGGGAGCACUCAUUCAAAUAUAGUCAUAGCUUUUCAUAAAUUGUUCCCUUCCUACGGACUCCAGAGUAGUCCCUAUAGCGGUUAGGAGAAAAAACAGCCCUUAUAGGAGCCGAAAAAGUGGACCUAUAGACUUUGAAACCCUGUAGGGACAACCUUGAUGGAGUAAAAUCAAGGUGGUCUCUAUAGGGGUUCAGGGUCUCAUCUCUUAGCCCCUAAAGCUCAAGUGGACCCUAGAGGGGUCUUUCAAUCUCAUUCAAAAACGCUUAUUUAUUCAGUUUUUCGCGUGGCUUCUUUGCAUAUAAAAAUUAUCCAAUAGCAUUACCCCUAUAGUGACCACUUUUGCAAGCUUUAGUGACCCUUAUACGUGUUUUCCCUUAGUUUGCCCCUAUAGGGACCACUCUGGAGCUCCUAAGUGAAGAUCUUGAAAACUAUAUCAUCAUGAAGGGGAUGCAAAAAAGUUUUUUUCGGGUUAGCAAGGAUUUUUCUCGACUCAUCUUAAAAAAUUCCUUCCCAGUAGAAAAUUAUUGAAAAAGGCUCUAGAAAUGUUCAAAAAUGACAAAUGAUAUAGCUGAUUCACGGCUGGUUUGAGCCAGCGAAAAAAGGGUCCUGACACGAUAACGCACGAGAUAUUGCCUGGAUCGUGGAGAGCGCAGACAGAACACGCCCCCUUAGCGUCCCAAGCUAGCCGUGAAUCAGCUAUACCUAGAGCCUUCCUGAAAACAGAACUAAAAAUACUUAAGUGACCACUUCACAAAAUGAGUAUAUUCCAGGUCUACGAGGACGAGUUCGACGACUUCAAAACGGAAAUUGAGCUGGACGACGACGAGGAGCAAUGGUACUGGGAUAUCCGCGAAAAAAAGUCAAGGCCUAUCAAAAGUCCACAAACCAAGAAACUUGAUUCCUAA